AUGGGGUCUAAACUUGCAGCAAUUGCCCCCUCACCUCUGAGGGUGUCUGAUUUGAUCAACCCCGAACUCCGUUGUUGGAGAGCUUCUCUGUUUAAAGCUCCCGAGAAGUUCAAAACGUUCCUCUGGAGAGUUGGGACCAAUGCUCUUUCUACCAGAGAGAACCUCUUGAAUCUUUUAGAAGUGGAUGAUCCAACAUGCUUGCUUUGUAACCAAGAGUCCGAGUCAAUCUGCCACCUAUUCCUCAAGUGUCCUAUUGCAAGAGCAUUAUGGUUUUCAACCUGUUGGGGGUUUAAAGCAGAAGAGCAUACUUUAAGGUCACACUCUGACAUUGUCCAGCUGAUUCUCAAUCCACCACCAUCUCUUUGUCCAGCUUAUGAUCAAUGGCUUGUCUCCCUCAACAUGGCGUUUACCCUUGAUGAAAUUUGGCAAACUCGUAAUGCUUUAUUACACCUCAAGGCCCCUGUUGACAUUCAGGCUUCUAGGCAACACAUACUAUCCAAGCUCCGCGAAUGCUCACUCUUCCUCUCACAACCUGAACCCCCCACUCACGAAACUCCCAUCCUUAGGUGGUCUCCCCCACCCCCCCAAGGCUAUGUCAAAAUCAACACUGAUGCAGCAAUCCCUGAUUCAAGAUCAGCCUUAGCAGUCAUUGCUAGGGAUGAUCAUGGAGCUAUUCUCAAAGUGUGGGCUAGAAUCACCCCCAUUCAUCCUCCUCUCCAAGCCAAAGCCUUGGCCUUGUUGUGGGCUGUCCAGCUUGCUAAGAGAGAAAGAUGGAGCCACGUUUUCAUUGAAGCUGACUCAAAAAUCUGCAUCGACGCCAUCCUUUCAGGUGAUAAGGAUCAAGCUGGGUCUAUCCCCCACAUCGUCUUUGAUAUUCAUGAUCUAGCCUUGUCCUUCCUGUCAUGGUCUUUCUACUGGGUUCGUAGAAGUUGCAACCAGGCUACUCAUGUUGCAGCCAAGUUCGCCUUAGAUUCUCAUAUUUCUUGUUUUUUUAUUUUGGGCAACCUUCCCCCUUCAAUGUCUGAUGUUUGUAAGGAGGACGCCCUCAAUGUUUUUUCCUUUUCUUAG